AUGGUUGCGAAUCCUACUUCCGAUAAUACCGCACUUUCAGGAGCCGCGAACAACGAGAAGCAGAAUUGGGCUACAUCCCCUUCCACCGUUUUCAAUCACUUCGCCACAAGUGGAUUUUCCGUCGCAAUCGCAACAUCAAUUACUCAUCCUCUAGAUGUAUUGAAAGUGAGGCUACAAAUGCAACUUGUUGGCCAGAAAGGUCCUUUGAGUGGAAUGGGACAACUAUUUUUGAGUGUGGUGAAAAAUGAAGGACCUAAGUCGUUGUAUCUGGGUUUGACGCCUGCUUUAACAAGGUCAGUAGUUUAUGGAGGACUACGCUUGGGUUUGUAUGAACCCUCUAAGAAUGCAUGUGAUCAUGCUUUUGGCUCCUCCAAUGUUUUAGUUAAAAUUGCUUCAGGAAUGUUUGCUGGUGCUUUUGCAACUGGACUGACCAAUCCAAUGGAAGUUCUUAAGGUGCGUCUGCAAAUGAGUUCAGACAUGGGAAAGAGUGGCCCAAUUUCAGAGCUUCAGAGGACUGUAUCUGAAGAGGGAAUCAAAGCUCUGUGGAAGGGGGUGGGGCCUGCCAUGGCCAGAGCCGCUGCCUUGACUGCAUCCCAGUUGGCUACCUAUGAUGAAACAAAGCAGAUUCUAGUCAAGUGGACAUCUCUCAGAGAAGGAUUUCAUCUGCAUCUAAUCUCAAGCACAGCUGCAGGAGUACUGAGCACCCUAAUAACUGCACCUGUGGAUAUGGUUAAAACACGUCUCAUGUUGCAACGACAAUCCAAGGGUGGUAGAAUAUAUAAAAAUGGAUUUAACUGUGCAUACCAGGUCCUGCUUACGGAGGGUCCAAGGGCGCUUUACAAAGGGGGCUUCGCGAUAUUUGCAAGAUUAGGACCACAAACCACAAUUACAUUUAUAUUAUGUGAGGAGCUAAGGAAACAUGCUGGGUUGGAAGCAAUUUAG